AUGUUAUGCCGAUUCAUUGAAAUAGUUGAGCCUAUUAGUACUGUGUUAUUGAAGUUUCCAAAAUCUCCUCCAAUGUUGUCUGCAUCGGAAAUUGAAGUUUCACGAGAAAUUAUAGCUAUUUUAAAACCCAUGGAAUUAGCAACAACAGAAAUGUGUGGUCAAACAUACACAACAUGCAGUAAAGUGAUUCCAAUUUUGUGUUGUUUAGAAAAAAAUUUGAAAGCAGCCUAUAUGACAUCACCGAUCGCUAUUCAACUUCGCAAUGAUAUUCUCGACCAACUGGAAAUCCGAUUUCAGAAUAUAACUAAAAGUUAUAUACAUAGUGUGGCAACAGUUCUUGACCCACGUUAUAAGAGAGUAAAUUUUAACAAAAACUGCGGUGAUGCUGCUUUAGCAUUUGAAAGAGUUGAUAAAGAAUUAAAAACAUUUAAAAAAUCAGUUGAUGAUUCGAAUUUAGGUCCAAAACAAGUGAGCACAGAUCAUGAGUUAUGGAAGUUUCAUGUUGAGCUUGUCAAUAAUCAUAAUCAUGACAGUGAAAACAGAUUUGGUUCAUUUGGACUCAGUAAUUGUUUGAAGAAUUACAUUAGUCAGAAAAUUCAACCUCUAAAUACUGAUCCUAUUCAAUAUUGGGCUCAUGAACAGAAUACUCCAGAACUAUCUCAGAUAGCUCUUAAAUAUUUAUCAAUUGUAGCCACUUCAGCCCCAUGUGAACGACUAUUUUCCAUGGCUGGAAAUGUGCAGACAAGGAUCCGCAAUAGACUUACUGGUGAACACUUGUCUAAUUUAUUAUUUUUAAAAUCUUUGGAUCUUUCAGACUGGAUGCUGUAA